CCACGCACAAUCGAUGAGGGCCGUGUCCACCUCUUGAAUGUGAUCGGCAACGGCGCUUAUGGUGUAGUCUUCUACGCUAUUGACUACCGCUACGAGCCUAAGGGGGUGAAGCGCGCCGUCAAGCAGCUUCGUCGCCAUAAUAUCGACGACAGGCAGCGUCGCUUUCAACAACGCGAGAUCGCCCUGCACUGGACGGCUCGCGACCAUCCCUCCAUCAUCAACAUGGACCGUCUCGUCACAGAGGACGACGGUAUCUAUGUUGUCAUGGACUACGGAGACGAAGGCGAUCUAUUUGCAAUGAUAACCGAGAAGCAUCGCUACGCUGGCGAUGACCUGCUCAUCAAGAAAGUUUUCCUUCAAAUCCUCGACGGCGUAGAGCACCUCCACAUGCUGGGUAUUGCCCAUCGCGACGUCAAGCCGGAGAACAUUGUUUGCUCAAAUGACGGCACCGUUGUCCGUAUUGUCGACUUCGGUCUUGCCACUCGCGACACCACCUCAACGGAGUUUGGUUGUGGGAGCACAUUCUACAUUGCCCCUGAGUGCCUCGGAGAGUGGGACAACGCGAGGUGCUACACCACGCAGACUGCCGACGUGUGGUCGCUAGGUGUCAUACUUGUCAACCUCGUAUGCGGUCGCAACCCAUGGCGCUGCGCGUCGCCGACCGACGAGUCUUUCACUGCAUUUCUUGCGGACCCCACCUUCCUUCGCCGCAUCCUCCCAAUCUCGCAAGAGUGCCUCGAUAUUCUCACCCAGAUCUUCACGCCGGAACCUGAGCAGCGCAUCUCUCUCGACCGCCUUCGCACGCUUGUCUGCAACAUCGUCUCGUUC